AUGAUCACGACUGAUGGGACUGUGUAUGUAGGAGCGUUUGUCGAUACACCUGCGCUUGGCGUGUUGCGGUGGAGGGAUCUCUGUGUCCGUGUGGACGGUACGGGGACCGUUGUCGCGGUGGUGCCACUGCCAGAGGUAGAGAAGAAGCCAUUGACCCUAGAGCAGAUCCGGGACGUGUGCUUCCCCGGAAUGCAGUGCGAGGUGCGGGACCUCCGCUGCGGUGCCGGUGGUGCCGGUGGUAAAGCGGCGUGCGUGUUUCUGCCCGGGUUCAUCGAUACGCAUAUACAUGCGUCGCAGUACGCAAACUGUGGGCUGUUCGGGUCCACCACUCUGCUGGACUGGCUCAACAAGUACACUUUUCCCCUGGAGGCGUCCCUGGCGGACUUGCAACUUGCAAGGGAAGUGUACGGUGCCGUAGUGUCGAGCACGCUGCGUAACGGGACCACCACGGCAGUGUACUACGCGACGAUCGACGCACAGUCGAGCCAAUUGCUUGCAACGCUCUGCUCAGAGUUAAACCAGCGUGCGUUCGUCGGGAAAGUGUGCAUGGACAGGGAGGGCCCUGAUUUCUACUUGGAGACCACAGAACAGUCGCUCAUCGCUACUGAGAAACUGGUCAAUUUCUGUAGGGACAAGUUGCAAGACGAUAAAGUGAGACCCAUCUUGACCCCGCGGUUCGCACCGACUUGCUCCCCUGAGUUGCUCUCGAAACUGGGAGCCAUGAGCAAGAGCAGACGCAUCCCAAUUCAGACGCACUUGUCUGAGAACGAACGCGAGAUCAAAUGGGUCGCCGAGUUGUUCCCAGAGUGCUCCUCCUACACAGACGUGUAUCACAAGCAUGGCCUACUUGAUAAGGGUACCGUGCUUGCACACUGCGUCCACUUGUCCCGCGAAGAGAUCCAGCUCGUCAAGGAAACUGGCGCAGGGAUCUCGCAUUGUCCAAUAUCAAACAGCUGUCUGACCUCCGGUGAGUGCCCGGUUCGUCACUUACUACAAGAGGGAAUCCCCAUCGGGCUCGGGACAGACGUCUCGGGCGGCUACUCGACGAGCAUUCUCGCUACGGCCCGCCACGCGCACCUCGUGUCCCGCCAUGUUACGAUGAAGCAACCAGAAGUGGAACCCUUAACCGUUGCAGAAUGUCUUUACUUGGCCACGCUGGGCGGGGCCACGGCAUUGAACAUGCAAGACGAGCUGGGCACGUUCGACGUCGGCAAGAAGUUCGAUGCGCAAUUACUGGAUCUCGGCGCACAAGAUUCACCGGUGGAUCUGUUCUCAUGGCAGGGGAUCUCCAAGGAGGACGUCCUGUCGAAAUGGUUCUUCAACGGAGACGACAGAAAUGUAAAACAAGUCUGGGUACAGGGCAGAAGCUCUUUAUAA